UCUCAGCCUCCGUCAGAGAGGAAGAGCUGAAGAUGAUGAAGAGUAAAGGAGAUGAAGAUGAAUACUGGAACAGCUCCAAGUUUAAAGCUUUUACCUUCGAUGAUGAAGACGAUGAGUUCAGCAAGCUCAAAGAGUCAAAACAAGCCGUGAACAGCAUUCGGCGUCUGGUGGAGGAAGAUGAUGAUGAAGACGAUGUGGAGAAGGUCAGCUGGAGUGGAGAGCCUGUUGGAAGUAUCUCCUGGUCAGUCAAAGAGACUGCAACAUCCAGUCAGAGGACAGACAGAGAGCCUGCCUUCCCCAAAAUUAACACCAACACUCCAUCGAUGCCAAAGAGCAACUCAGGAUAUUCUCUGAGUUCACUAUUUAAAGGAAAGAAAGGAGGAAGUUAUCAGGCCUUUACCGAAUCAUUCAGUGACUCGUCUGUCCGGAUGUAUGCACCAGAGCUCCGAAAACCCAAAUCUGAGUACAAGGAUUACAUCAGUGACUGGUCACCUGAGGAGACAGUUCAGAGAAUGCAACAAGGAAAGACUGUGUCUCUGGAAAAGUUCCGAUCUCUUCAGGACAAACUCCUGCUGCUCGACUACGCUGUCAGCGCAUACGACGGAAACGUCAUCACAGCUAUCCUCAUUUAUUUAAAGAGGACUCUAUGUAAAGAGGUUUUGUUUCGGGAGCUGGAGUCCAGACAGACAGCUUUGCGGCAUUUUAUCAAUUAUCUGAUGGAAACCAGAGAUCAGAGACUGCUGCUGGAACUGCACAGAGCUCUCGGCAGGACGGAGGAUGUGGCGCUGCUGCAGUAUAAAGAACACCUGUCCAUCGCAGAUGAAAACAAGAGGCGAGACUUCCUAAAGAGUUGCCUCAGUCUUCCUUUUUCUCCUGAAGACUCGACUCACAUUCAGGACCACUACACUCUGCUGGAGAGGCAAAUCAUCAUCGAGGCAACAGACCGAGAGGCUGAGCGUGGAGGGAAAGUGGAAAUCUUCCAGAAGUUUCCCAGAAAAGCCUCAAUUCUGAACAUGCCGCUGAUCACAACCCUGUACUACUGCUGCUUUUAUCACUACAAUGAGUCCGAGGGGACCUUCAGCAGUCCAGCAAACGUCCGUCAGACCUUCAGGAUUUCAGAUAAACAGUAUUUUGUGACAGCGUUGGCAGCUCGGGCAAAGCUGAAGGCGUGGUUUGACGUGGAUGCUCUGUUCACCAGUAAGAACUGGCUGGGAUUUACCAGAAAGAAGAGUCCACUCAGCUUCCAGCGUGUUGUCGACAUCCUUCACAAGAACUCGGCCCCCACACAGGUGCUGCAGGAGUACGUGGGUUUGGUUGACAAUGCGGAAUUGAGGAUCAGUUUGGCUCAGAAACAUAAAUGUCAUGACAUCGUUAUCAACACGUACCGAGACCUAAAGGAUCGCCAGCUGUUGCUCGAAUAUCGGGGAAAGGUGGAGCGGGGUUCAGCGGAGGAGAGAAAGAUCAAUGAACUGCUCAACAACCAGCAAAUCAGGUGGAAAAACUGACACUUAAACCAGAGACUUUUAUUUUGAAACACCGACAACUGAUGGUCCUCUGUCACCAUGGUAAUGGGACAGCCAAUCAGCUCUCACCUCUGCGUUCUUCACAGUGGACGGAGCUUACUAAUCGGAGGACGAGUCAUUCCAUCAACGCUUGUUAAAUACUUUUCAGUUUUAAUAAAUAUGAGCAAAAACAAAUAAAAAUAAAAAUAAAUAAAACAUGAUCAGAAUCAAAUUCAGCUGAUUUUAAAUGUGGUUCAUGGUUAGAAAACGUGAUGAAGGAAAGACAGAAAAUUUACAUGUCAACUAUGAGCCAAAUCUAUCCGCUAUUUAUAUUAAAGUGAUCAAUCAGCCCUGACUAGAUGUCUUAGAAAGAAUCAAUAUCAACAGAACUUGAGAGGUUGUUUUUAUAUAAACAAAAAUUAACAACUCAGACCGAUUUUUGGUCCAGAGUCAAAGAUAAAAACACAUUAAUAGUCUCUGAUUUAGUGUUUGGGUUCUUAUUUUGUUCAUUUUUAUUACAUGGUGUAAAACAGUAAUAUUAAAUGAAAAUAAAGAAAGUCUGAGCUCUCACUGAUGAUGAAAACAUUGUAAAAUUUGCUGUGGUUUUAAACACUUGUUUUGAGAACAUUUCACAACUGUUACAAAAAAAACCAUCAUCAGCACAAAUACAUGAUGGAAAUGAAGAAACAACACCAUAUUUCAUCAGAAAUAUAACUUUUUUUCCCGCAACCUCCUAGUUCAGU